GACGGGUCUGUGAAAUCCUGUGAUCUGUCCCAGUGGCAGGUAGAAGUCAUGGACGUAGACGCCGAAAGAGAGAAGAUAGCAAAGGAGAUCGCGGAGCUCGAGAGGAUUUUGGAUCCCACUUCCUCGGGCAUCGGAGUGGGGGUCUCGGAGUCUGGUCUCACGUUGGAUUCUGACGCAGAUUCACUGCCAGAGGAGGACUCGGAAGCUGCUGGUUCCCCAGGCUCGGAAGAGGAGAGGUGGGGUGAGGCCAGCAAUGGUGAGGAUGACCCCAAGGAAAAGACCCUUCCUGAAGACCCAGAGACCUGCCUGCAGUUGAACAUGGUCUACCAGGAGGUCAUCCAGGAGAGGCUGGUGGAGGUCAGCCUCCUACUGGCUCAGAACCAGGAGCAGCAGGAGGAGAUCAUGUGUGACCUGGCAGGAUCCAAAGGCUCCAAGGUGAAGGACGGCAAGAGCCUGCCCCCGAAUCUGUACAUAGGGCACUUCAUGAAACCGUACUUCAAGGACAGAGUGACCGGAGUGGGGCCUCCUGCCAAUGAAGAGACGCGGGAGAAGGCUGCCCAGGGCAUCAAGGCUUUCGAGGAGCUCCUGGUGACUAAGUGGAAAAACUGGGAAAAGGCCUUGCUCCGAAGAUCAGUGGUGAGCGACCGCCUGCAGCGCCUGCUUCAGCCCAAGUUACUGAAGCUUGAGUACUUGCACCAGAAACGGAGUAGGGUGACGAGUGAGGCAGAGAGGCAGGUCCUGGAGAAGCAGAGCAGGGAGGCGGAGAGGGAAGUCCAGGACAUUCGGCAGCUCCCAGAGGAGGCCUUGCUGGGGAACAGGCUGGACAGCCACGACUGGGAGAAGAUUUCUAACGUUAACUUUGAGGGUGGCCGCAGUGCGGAGGAGAUCCGGAAGUUCUGGCAGAACUUCGAGCACCCGAGCAUAAACAAGCAGGAGUGGAGCGGGCAGGAGGUAGACCAGCUGAAGGCCCUUGCGGCCAAGCAUGGCCAUCUGCAGUGGCAGAAGAUCGCCAAGGAGCUGGGGACCAACCGCAGCGCCUUCCAGUGCCUGCAGAAGUACCAGCAGCACAACAAGGCUCUGAAGCGCAAGGAGUGGACACGGGAGGAGGACCGCCUGCUCACCCAGCUUGUCCAGGAGAUGCGCGUCGGCAGCCACAUCCCCUACCGGAGAAUUGUCUACUACAUGGAAGGGAGAGACUCCAUGCAGCUCAUCUAUCGGUGGACCAAGAGCUUGGACCCCAGCCUGAAGAAGGGGUUCUGGGCCCCAGAGGAAGACGCGAAGUUGCUUCGAGCAGUUGCCAAAUAUGGGGAGCAGGAUUGGUUUAAAAUCCGGGAAGAGGUGCCAGGUAGGAGCGAUGCCCAGUGCCGAGAUCGGUACCUCAGACGGCUGCACUUCAGCUUGAAAAAGGGACGGUGGAAUGCAAGUGAAGAGGGGAAGCUGCUUGAGCUGAUCGAGAAGUAUGGUGUUGGUCACUGGGCAAAAAUAGCUUCUGAACUACCCCAUCGGACGGGCUCCCAGUGUCUGAGCAAGUGGAAGAUCAUGGUCAGGAAGCAGCAGAGUCGGGGCAGGAGGCGGCGGCGGCGGCCCCUUGGCAGCCUGCGGUGGAGCUCCAGCAGCGGGGACAGCAGCAGCGAGGACUCGGAGCCAGAGGAAGCCCCGGAGGCCGGGGCAGGUGGCCAGGCGCUGCCGUCAGCACAGCACACCGUGCCGGACAUGGACCUGUGGGUGCCUGCCAGGCAGAGCGCCAGUGAGCUGUGCGGAGGGGGAGCCGGGGGCUGGCCGGGACGCCGUGCCGCCUCCCCCGGCCCUCCCAGGGCCUCCAGCGAGGCUCAGGACAGCAGAGCUGCUUGCCCCACAGCCUCGGCUCCUGCAGAGGAGGCGGGCCAGACGCACACGCCCUCCGGGACCCACAGCACCAGCACGAGAGGCAUCGGGCACCCGGGCUCGGCGGACACGCACCUCUCGAGCUCAGAGGAGCUGGCAGACAAGAGUGGGAGCCGUCUGCUGAAGGUGCCGCUGGAGACAGUGCUGCAGGUGCUCAGGACCAACACAGCCCGCCGGCGCCAGACACUGAAGGAGAAACUGAGGCAACCGUGCCCGCUCAGCCCGUCCCUGGGGGCCAGCCCCAGUGACAGUGGUGUGGCCGGGCCCCAUGUACGGCGGCUGUGGCACAGGACGAUCGGGAACAGGCGGCAGUGGCGGGGACACGCCCUGCAGAGGAGGCUCAUUGAGCGUCAGCUUCUGGUGGCCAUGAGCCCGUGGGUGGGCGACGUUGUCCUGCCCUGCACCCCCCGGAGGCCUGCCGUCGUGCACACUCGAGCUGAUGGCAUCAGGAAGCAGCUGCAAGACGCCCGGCUGGCCAGCACCCCUGUGUUCACUGUUUUUAUCCAGCUGUUCCAGAUUGACACUGCUGGCUGCAUGGAGGUCGUUCGAGAGAGGAAGGCCCAGACCCCUGCCCUGCUCCAGACUGGCACUCGGGACCCAGUGCCUGGGCUCCUCCAGGUGAGAAGUAGGGAGUGAGCACCCGGCACAGGCUCACCUGGCCACAGUUUCCGGAAUCCGCCAGCACGAGAAGCUUCAAAGCAGAGCACCGGCCACAAAGGGAGCAGGGCUUUACAGCCCUCCCGUGCCGAGUCCAGCCCACCGGCGCCCCCGCCAGCUCCGUGUGGUCCUCGGCCCAAGCCCAAGACCGUCUCCGAGCUGCUCCGGGAGAAGCGGCUUCGGGAGGCCCGGGCCAGGAAGGCCGCUACCCCAGGCACCGUGCCUCUCCCACCACAGCUGCUGCUGUCCUCGCCACUGAUCCUCCAGCCCCGUCUACCGCAGCCGCCCCCCACCCCCUCAGCCCCGGGCCCCGCUGCCACAGACACGGCGCUCUCUGGGCCUGGGAUAUCUGCAGGAGCGGGGCUGAGUACUUCAGGCAAGGACGAGAGGGCUUUGACCCUGCCAGUCUUGGACCGCACCCUGGCCUCCACGGAGGCUGCCCCUGCUGCCUCCAGAGCUCCGGUUCCCAGCCGGGUCCUUGUGAGUGGCCAUCAGGGUGGCCUGGGACAGUCUCAGGCUCCUGCCACGUCCCGGAAGCAGGGCCUGCCUGAGGCACCACUCUUUCUCCCAGCAGCCCCCAGCCCCAUUCAGCUGCCUGUCCAGUCCCUCAGCCUGACACCAGCUCUGGGCAUGCACAAGGGUGGGCCUCACGUGGCAGCCAGCACGCCUCUGCCUGUCACCUGGGUGCUCACAGCCCAGGGGCUGCUCCCUGUGCCAGCCGUGGUGGGCCUUCCUGGGGCGCCAGGGACCUCUGAUCCCAAGGGCCUGUCCGUGACUCUGCCGUCCUCCCUACCUAGGAUGCAGGUAGGCCAGGGCCCCAGGCUCCCUGGGCUGAGCCACCCCGGGCAGCCCCCGGCCAACGUGGACACAGACUCAGAUUCUCCCCCCAGGGCAGACCUCUCGACCCUUCCGAUGCUUUGCCAAUCCCAAAGUUCUGUGGAAGUGGGCAGUGACGUGGCCCGUGCCCCUGGGGGACCUUCCUUCCCUGGAGAGGCCCAAGUGGCCAGGGAAAUAGCUGCGCCCAGGAUACCCUCCCAGGCCACACUUCUGGCUGACCACCCUGAAGCGAAACCCCCGUGGUCCAGCCAGCCUCCUCUGCAAGCUGGCACUAGCCCUGGGAGUGGCCCAGGAGGGACACCGGGGUCCCCGGAGCCAGGGGGACUUGUGGGGCCUCUGGGCCUAGAGAGGCCACCCCUACCCCGGCCUGGGCCUGAGAGGGGUGCCCUGGACCUGGGCCUCCUGUCCCAGGAGAGUGAGGCAGCCGUGCGGGAUUGGCUGCAGGGACGGCAGGGGGUGUGCGUGCCCCCACUAGGGAGCAGGCUGCCCUACCAGCCCCCAGCCUUGUGCAGCCUACGGGCCCUGUCUGGACUCCUGCUCCACAAGAAGGCUUUGGAGCGGAGAGCCACCUCCCUCGUGCCCAGUGCGGCAGCCGGAGCCCUGCAGGCCUCGCUGGGGCAGGUGCGGAGGCAGCUGCAGGACAGCCCGGCCUACCUGCUGCUGAAGGCACGGUUCCUGGCAGCCUUCACUCUCCCUGCACUCCUGGCCACACUGUCUCCCCACGGCGUCCACACCACCCUGUCGGUGGCCACAAGGGCUGAGCUGGAGAGCGAGGACGACCUGGGGGAGUUGGAGCUCACUGAUGGCUGCUCCACAAGUGGUCCUUGGGCAGGGCCAGCAGCCACCAUCCCCAUUCAGGGAGCCCCAGACCCUGGGCAGGGCUCUGACUCUUCCUGCUUGGACGGUUCUGACAACCUUGAUGUGCUGAGAACCCGGCAUGCCUGGCAUGCCCGGAAGAGGAGGCGGCUGGUGUGA